UUGCUUUAUAGACUAGACUCGUGGUGUCUGCUUGAGUGCCUAAAAUGGCAGCGGGGUUUUUUCUUUCGCUGUGAGCUGAGGUAGCCCCCAGACAAGGCUCCGCCUCCUCCUCGUGACGUCAACUGGCGUCACAGGGCCUCGCCCAGUCACAUUAGAGCAGCGAACAUCAGAGGACGAAACCAGCGGCCGGAGCCAGCCGGCUAGUUGGAGCUGGGCCGCGCUCAUAUCGUUCUACUUCGAGGUCAGCGACACGUUAGUGAAAUGAAGGGACUCUUGCCGUUAUACCGGGGCCUGUGCUCCAGGGCCAGCCGUCACGCGAGGCCAAACGCUGCGCUUGUCGGUUCCCGAUGCGGGUUUUGCGGAACCCACAGCAAGGGUCGCGGGCGUGCCGGAGCCGAUCCCAGCUAUCAUCGGCCACAGCCAAACUUUGGCUUGUUGUUUGACAUUGAUGGCGUGCUCCUCCGGGGAAGGAUGCUGAUCCCCGCUGCCAAAAAGGCCUUUGAGAAGUUGGUGGAUUCAAAGGGGCAGUUUGCGGUGCCGCUGGUUUUCGUGACAAAUGCUGGGAAUUGUCUAAGGCAAACAAAAGCAGAUCAGCUCUCGCACAUCCUUGGAGUACCAAUCACACAAGAUCAAGUCAUUAUGUCUCACAGUCCAUUGAGGAUGUUCAAGAAAUUCCAUGACAAGUGUGUGCUGGUUUCAGGUCAAGGACCAGUUCUGGAAAUUUCCAAAAAUCUCGGCUUCAAUAACGUCAUUAGUAUUGACAUGCUCAGGGAAUCAUUCCCUCUUCUGGACAUGGUGGAUCACAACAGGAGACCCAAACUACCGUCCAGUCCUGUGGGGAACCUUGCCAAGGUUGAGGCUGUGGUUCUGUUUGGGGAGCCAAUUCGAUGGGAGACAAAUCUACAGCUCAUCGUUGAUGUUUUGCUCACCAAUGGCAAUCUCAGUAGCUUGCAUCAAACCCAAAACAUACCUCACCUGCCACUGCUGGCUUGCAAUAUGGACCUGAUGUGGAUGGCCGAGGCACAGUCUCCAAGAUUUGGCCACGGCACAUUUCUUGUGUGCUUAGAAAAUAUUUAUAAAAAGAUCACAGGUAAAGACCUCAAAUAUGAGGCUCUGAUGGGAAAACCAAGUGAGCUGACCUACCAUUUCGCAGAGUUCCUCAUCCGAGGGCAGGCUAUGCAGAGGCAGUGGAAACGUCCCAUCACGUCCCUCUACGCUAUAGGGGAUAAUCUAAUGACUGACAUCUAUGGCGCUAACUUGUACAACCGCUACCUGGAGGUGAGAGCUGCAAGAAAGAGCCCCAAAGCCAAGAUGGCUGCUGCCACAGGCUCCACCACCACAGUGCCUGCGGAGGAUGUUGUUGACAACAUGUGGGAGAGUGAGCUCGCGUUGCCAGCCGCCACUUCCUGUAAAUCCGUUUUAGUGUGCACGGGUGUCUACAACCCUACAGCAGAGGUGCCAUCUGACGCGAGCUGCUGGAUCAAAGAGACCGUGUUCCAUGGCCACAGGGACUUUCGCUUCGACCCUGCGCUGGUGGAGCCAGGCCACAUUGUGCACGAUGUGGCUGAAGCUGUUGAGCUCAUUUUUGAGAAGGAAAAGUUUUUGCCUCAGUAGAGAUUGAGCUUGAGGAAGGGUGGACUCCCGCCUCUUACACUGUGGACAGCAUUGAUUAACCACUACCGAGGGCUUUGAUAUGCUCUUGAAACAGAUGUUAUGGGAAAAAAAACAAUACUUCUGUUACGGUAAGCUGAUCUUUUAUAUUGCUUUUGUCAUAGUUGCCUGCUUUUCCUUUACAGAACUGCCUUGUUUUACUCUGUUCAAUAUUUUGAGACCACAUUGAUGUUGGUAUUACAACAAAACACGAUAUCAUCCUAUAUUUGUUUACUGUUUUUUCAAGCAUUUCAAACAUUGGACCAUUGUUUUUGAGGCCAUCUUUUAGCAUUACAAUUGUUUACACGUUUUAACCCUUGAAAAUCUAUGCAUGACGAGAAACUUGUACUGUAUGAACAAAUUGUUGGCUGUGCAAUCUUGUCCCCGAGUAGGUAUGCAUUGCACAUAGUUGUGAGAGACGACCAGUAUUUUCAUCUUUUGUUACACGUUACCCUUACCUACCUGUUCAAUUACAUAUGACAUGCUAACGCUACUUUUAACAAAAGCUUUCUUUUAAUAAUCCAUAUUUGACUGUAGUGUUUCAUUUAUUGUAAAUACUGUAACUCAAGAAAAUAUAAGGAAUCAUUGCAAA